AUGAAAGAAUACACACUCCUCCUCUUCUUGGCUUUGUGCUCUGCCAAAUCUCUCACUGGUCCUUCAUAUUUUACACUGAAGAACAUGAUGCUCCAAGAUAUGGAAGACGACGACGAUGAUGACGAUGACGACAAUUCUCUAUUUCCAACCACUGAACCCAUUCUACCACUGAUUCCUUUUGAUCUGUUCCCAACGUGCCCCUUUGGAUGCCAGUGCUAUGUGAGAGUUGUCCAUUGCUCUGACCUAGGUUUGACAUCAAUUCCUCGCAACAUCCCACCAGAUACUCGGAUGAUUGAUCUUCAGAACAACAAAAUCAAAGAGGUCAAGGAGAACGAUCUCAAAGGACUCACAUCACUUUAUGCACUGGCUUUGAACAAUAAUAAAAUUUACAAGAUCCAUCCCAAGGCCUUUCAACCAACAAAGAGGCUACGACGACUGUACUUGUCCCACAACCAACUGACAGAGAUUCCAACAAAUCUGCCCAGAACUCUGGUAGAGCUCAGAAUUCAUGCUAAUAAGGUUAAGAAAAUCCCCAAGGAUGUAUUUAAAGGAAUGAAGUCUCUACAUGUUUUAGAAAUGAGUGCAAAUCCUCUUAACAAUGAUGGAAUUGAGCCAGGGGCAUUUGAAGGGGUGAAUAUCUACCACAUACGAAUUGCAGAGGCCAAGUUAACUUCAAUUCCUAAAGGUUUGCCCUCCAGUCUUCUGGAGCUUCACUUAGAUGACAAUAAGAUCACAGGAAUUGAAGUUGAGGAUUUUAACCGCUACAAAGACCUACAAAGGCUAGGCCUUGGCAAUAAUAAAAUCAAAGACGUGGAAAAUGGAAGUUUUGCCAACAUCCCAAGUAUACGCGAAAUCCACCUGGAAAAAAACAAGCUGAAGAAGGUUCCUCCUGGAUUACCUGAACUGAAAUAUCUGCAGGUGGUUUUCCUCCAUUCCAACCACAUUGCCAAGCUGGGAGUGAACGAUUUCUGUCCCACAGGACGGAGGAAGAAGAAAGCUCUGUACAGCGGCAUCAGCCUCUUCAACAACCCCGUCAAGUACUGGGAGGUGCAGCCUUCCACCUUCCGCUGCAUCUUAGCCAGGAACAGCGUCCAGCUUGGCAACUUCCUCAAGUGAGACUCAAGUUGGUCGUUUCAAAAAGCAACUUGUCCAAAUCAGUUUUACAAUACUUGAAAUUUGCAGGAAAAUGCGGAUUUUACGCUAUUUAACCGUUUACAAAGUAUUUGCUAUUUCAGAGGUAAUUAAUUAGAAACACUAUGUUAAGUAGGAUCCGUUGUAGUAUUUGACAAUGUUCAAUCUACAUUUGAAUAAUUUAAACAAAAGUUUUGAUAGCUUACAGAAGGACUCUUAGAAGUGGAACUGGAAACUGUAUUUGAUGUUUCCUAUUAUAGAUGUUCAAUGCCUUCCUUAAAUCACAUAAUUUGGACAUAUUCUUUCUUUCAAAUAAAUCCUAAAAAUCAUGUGGAAGUGACUUUUUCCACAGUUAGUAAACAGAGACCUAGAUUCUCUCCCAGAAAGUGUUGUAAGAAAAGUUGCAAAACCAAAAAUUACCAGACUUCAAGGGCAAUUCCUUGUGCCAUUUUUGAUAAUGAGCAGAGAUGCAAUAAAAAGCUACAAUAUUGUCAGGUAGUUGUCUCUAAGCUAGAAUAUAUUCUUACAAUCUUUUAAGUGAGAUAAAGACAAGUUUCAUGUCGAGAACAGAUGAAAAGUCUUUAAAAGCUGUUGGCAAUUUUUCCUUUCAACUUCAAGAAGAAAAUGUCCUUCGAUGUUUUGCUAUUGAUAGAAUUGGAUGCAGUCUGAACAUUAAAAGUAGGAUUCAAGAUUUAUGAUAUGCUUCAAGCUUAAUAGGAAUGACUAUUAAACUCCCUUUAGGCCAGCACAAACAUUUUUUUUUAUCUAUAACAACUGUAAUAGUGUUUUUCAUUUUAUUCUUUUCCUCUUUAUAUUUUGAUAUCACACGGGUUAAGGAUCUCUCCUUAAUGGAAUUCCCUUACAAUUGCCAAAACCAAGCAGCUGGAACUUGCCUGCCCUGCCUUCCUGUGCAGGGCAGCACACAGAGCUCUCAAUUCUGACAGUACUGUAUCAAAUGGAUAUUUUAGAUAUCUAUUUAGUGUAUAUUUGCUAUUGGGAUUCAAAAUAAAUUAAAUAAACUUACAGAAUACCU